UCCUCCUCCUCCUCCAGCCUCUUUUCCUCCCCCCACCCCAGCGGCUGGCUCUCCGCUUGGCCCUCCAUCUCUUGUUUUCCUUUCUCCUCCCCCUUUCCCCUUCCCUCCUUUUUUUUCUCUUCCUUCCUUUCCCCCCUUUUGCAUUGGAACCUUCUUUCCCUCCUUCCCUCCCCUUUCCCUCUCCAAGGCGCUUUUGUUUCAGCCCGGGACGCCAAAGAGAGAGAGAGAAAGGAAGAGACUGGGCCGGCUUCUCCCUCUUUCUCUCCCUCCAACUCUCCCCUGGGGCUAGCAGGACCCCUUCGCCGGCCUUUGCCCUUCUUUGCCUCCCUCUCCCCCAACUCAGAAGCCCCCCCACAUGGAGACAUGAGCGUUGAAGCCCAGGGAGCAGCAGCAGCAGGAACAACAAUAACAACCACAGCAGCAGAAGCAGCCGCUUUGUCAGCUUCCCCGGCCGCCUGACAUGGAACCAGCCGGCAACUGAACAAAGAAAGAAGGACCACCAGCCCAAGCUUCACUUGCCACUGGGAAAAAAAGGCCACCAUGGGCUUCUAAGGGACCCCCCAAUGCUGGGCCGUUGCGGCGGGGAUUUGGAGAGCUUUGCAGGGGAGGUAGCUGUAUUCGGUUGGGUGGCAGGCAGACCCAAGGGGCACCAUGAAGAUUUUGGGGCCCCUGGAGAGCCAGAGGUUGUCUCUCCUCCUGGAGAUGGCAAUCUCUAGAGAAGCUCAGAUGUGGAAAGUACACGUGCCCAAAAUUCAGGCUAAUCAGGAUGCAGGCAUUUCUCCAACUCAACGGGACGAAGUGAUUCAGUGGAUGGCCAAACUCAAAUGCCAGUUCCACCUUUAUCCAGAGACGCUGGUCCUGGCCGUCAAUCUCUUGGACAGGUUUUUAGCUGCAGUGAAGGCUCGUCCAAAGUACCUGAACUGUAUUGCAAUCAGCUGCUUCUUCCUUGCUGCCAAGACCAUUGAGGAAGAUGAGAGGAUUCCAGUACUGAAGGUGUUGGCCAGAGACAGCUUUUGCGGCUGCUCUCCAGCUGAAAUUCGCAGGAUGGAGAAGAUCAUUCUGGACAAAUUGAACUGGGAUCUGCACACGGCCACUCCACUGGAUUUCCUCCAUAUUUUCCAUGCAGUUGCCUUGUCCACCAAACCUCAACUGCUGACCACUUUACCCAAGGUGAACCCGUCCCAGCACGUGGCUCUGCUCACCAAGCAGCUGCUGCACUGCCUGGCCUGCUACCAGCUCCUUCCUUUCAAGGGCUCCAUGUUGGCGUUGGCCAUCGUCAGCCUGGAAGUGGAGAAGCUCAUUCCCGAUUGGCUUGCCCUCAUCAUCGAACUGCUCCAGAAGGCACAGAUGGACAGCUCCCAGCUGAUCCACUGCCGGGAACUCGUGGCACAGCACCUUUCCGCACUGCAGCCACCUCUGCCGCCCAACUCGGUCUACGUCUACAGCCCCCUCAAGCACAACCUGGUGACCUGCCACGCGGGGGUCUUCCGCUUCCAUCCCUCCUCCUCCGUCCCAGGCUCAAACUCCAAGGACAACAGCAAACCAGAAGUGCCAAACAAAGGUGUCACUGCACUCAACCAGCGCCGGGCGGCUCCCAGCAGGUGCAAACAAGCGACGGCCAAGCGCAAAGUGGAAGAGAUGGAGGUGGACGACUUCUACGACGGGAUCAAGCGGCUCUACAACGAGGAGAAUGCGCCGGAGGGAGCGGCCCUCGAAGGCAAGGCCGCCUCCGCCUGCAGCGCCGACGUUUCGCGGCAAGCGGGGAGCGUUUCCCCUUGCCCUCCGUUGCAGCCCAUUUCCGUCAUGUAGCAGUCCUCUGCGCAAUGGCACCUUGGGAGAAAAGCUGCUACUCUGUCCAUAACACAACACCAAGCUUUUUGUGGCCAGAGCUGAGUGAAAGCUGUACCUUGCAAGGGCUGAAAGAAAGGAGCUAUGUUAUCCUUUGGAGAGAGAGAAAAAAUCCCCCUUCCUACUUUCCUUGUGCGGCUAAUUAUAGUUAAACUUUGAUUUAAGUACUUAAAAACCAAAAAAAUUAUAAAAAGCCUUUCAAAAAAAGACCCAAAAACCAAACAAAAAAAAGUAGCAAAAAUUGUGUUUUUCUCCCUAGUGUUGUCUGCUGCACUGUUUCAGUCUGCUGUUGUGUUGUUGUAAUCUCAUCCAUUGUGUUGGAAAGUUCACAGAGUGUGAAAAAGAAAUCCUUUCCACAAAUUUCUAGAAGCCCCUCUUUUUGAGAACUCUCUUUUCUUUACUCAGUCCUUCUGCUUUUCUUUAGAGCGUUCUGGACCUUCUAGUGCAUGACUCCCUUGUAUUUUUGGCACUUUGACUUGAGCAAAGCUCCUUUUAUUUACUUUCCAAAUGAACCAAGAGCCCUUCCUUGUCUUUCUCUUGUUUCGUCAUUUAGCACUUUUGGUGUUUUUAAUGUGGUAACUACAAUUAGACCUAUAUUCAAAAUCUGUCAGUCAGAAA